AUGAAGAGAAAUUUAAAUGAAAAAUCAACGCGAAGUACAGCAGGCUGUUUGCCUGUACCAUUAUUCAACCAGAAAAAAAGGAAUAGACAACCAUUAACUUCUAAUCCACUUAAAAAUGAUGCAGGUAUCAGUACUGUUUCUGACAGUUAUGAUUUCCCGCCUCUACCAACAGAUUGGGCCUGGGAAGCUAUGAAUCCAGAGUUACCUCCUUUAACGAAAACAACGAACACAGGGCAAAUGCCACAUUCUGUUUCUCGUCCCCUGAGAAGUCAGGAUUCCCCUUCUAAAUCUCUUCAAUUGAGUACUGAAAGAAGCCAGAGUGGUUGGAGCUACAGAGAUGGCAACAAAAAUAGUAGCUUGAAAACUUGGGAUAGAAAUGAUUUUAGGCCUCAAUGCAAAAGUACAAAUCUGGUGGCAAAUGAAGGAAAAAGUCCUUUUCCAGUGAGUUUGGGAGCUCAACAACAGAAACAAUUAAGAUUUUCUGAAUAUCCUAAAUUAUCUCACCAGAGAGAAAUGGAAGUACUCAAACAAACACAUUCAUCAAAUAUAUCUGGCUCCACAGUGAGAGCUCUAGACAAAAACAGUGCGUUACAUGCAUUUCAACCCAAUUUUCAUCAAAAUCAAUUUAAGAAAAAAAUGUUGGAUGAUAUUCCAGAAGAAAACACUCUCAAGGAAGGCUCAUUAUAUCAGUUAAAAUUUAAGGAAAAAGAUAAUUCUUUAAGAAUUAUAUCUGCAGUUAUUGAAAGCAUGAAGUACUGGCGUGAACAUACACAGAAAACUGUACUUCUGUUUGAAGUAUUGGCUGUUCUUGAUUCGGCGGUUUCACCUGGCCCAUAUUCUUCAAAGAUGUUUCUUAUGAGAGAUGGGAAAAAUACUCUGUCUUGUGUAUUUUAUGAAAUUGACCGUGAACUUCCAAGACUGAUUAGAGGGCGAGUUCAUAGGUGUGUGGGAAACUAUGACCAGAAAAAUAACAUUUUCAAAUGUGUUUCUGUCAGGCCGGCAUCUGUUUCUGAACAAAAAACUUUCCAGACAUUUGUUAAAAUUGCGGAUGAUGAGAUGAGGUAUUAUACUAAUGUUAUGAAUGAAGUUUAA